GAGGGUGCGUUCACACCCACGUAACAACCGGUGCAUAAACCCACCAAAUAUGGACGUCCGUACGCGAUGUGCGUUCAAUCCUUUACUGUAAACGGUCCUGCGUUAACUUUUCAAGUACGUGUACUUGACUCUCUUUGACUGUUCAGCAACGUCGUUCAGAAAAGCCACCGAGAGAUGCGAAACGAUUCAUUUAAAUAGGUUAGACAGAACAUGAUGGAAUGAGAUGUUUGUCGAGAGUUAAAUAGAAAUCUCGAACAGUUCAAUUUCCUUCGGGUGAGAGGAAAUGAGAAACGCAAAAUUGGUAGGCCACUUGAAAAUUAGCUGUGUAGCGAAAAGAAGAUGGUUAUUACGAAUUUCGAUAGUACAAUCUGAAGAACCGUUGAUUCUGAGAAAGAUAACCGAGUGCAUCUUACAAGACGAUAAAAGAUUAAUUGUAUCUGUAAUUUUGUCGAUCGAGUGUCACGCCACGAAAGUAAACGAUUGCAUUGAUAAGAGUUCGUGUAAAGAGGAACAAAAAAAUAACUUGCUAUUGAUAAUCGAAUGAUCGACGAUCGUUAAGUAUACCAUCAAUGAUAAUUAGAAACGAGAAUUACAGCAGCCAACGGUCGAACUAUACUCGGACUGGUAUUCUAUCGGAGUAUCCUGUCGAUUUGUGUAAUCGAGCUUUGUUUUCGUGACAAAUGUCUACGAGGCACGGGUAAACUGACCAACACACGACGUUAAUCGCCGAAACGAGGAACAAUCUGUCACAUCGUAACAUGCAGUGGUCAAGAUUAAAUACGAAUUAGAUUCUUUUACCGAAAGUUUAAAUCGAUUCAAUGAUGAUCUGUGCUAACAGAAAGAGAGGCCGCGACGUGGAAGAAGAAUCUAGCGAUUUCAUGCCGUUAAGUAAACGAAUCAACAAUCUUCAUAUAAAUAGUUUGUCAGUGAUACAGGAGAAUGUGGCCGAGAAUAUGGACACCGAUUGCUGUAACCGAGGCUUUAUACCAUCGCCGAAUUACUCGGAUCUCUCGCAAGAGUCACCGCUGUACGAUGGAUACAGUUCUAGCCAAAGCAGUUACACGGCAGAGUACAAACCAGAUCUGGACGCUGCUGAAAAUCCUUUCUAUUAUGAAAGUAAUAAGUUGCUAUUCUCCUUAUACAUGGAACGCUUACAAAGAAUAUCCGAUACGUUUUGAUGUGCCCUGCUUUCGAUCGCUACAAGCAUUUUAUAUCUAACUUUUUUCUUUCAUUCCUUUCAUUGCCAUCAGGCCAAUUGUACUGGUGUAGAUAUCAAAUUAAAAUUGCAUGUUAAAAAUGAAUUUGUAAUGGGCGAUUAAACUUUGUGUAAUUAUAUUUAAUGAGUGUAAUUGUAAUAAUUAUUCGAUAAUUUAUAUUUCGUUAUAUACAUUGUAGUAUAAAAUACAAAUUCUGUUGGAUCACCGUUUCUUAUAUAAGUGUCGUGUCAUAUGUCUCAAUUAUAUUUUUCUUAAGUGUAUACACGUUUAUUAGACUUCAAAGUAUUUUGAGACUGUGAAAGUAUGGAGUAACACAUAUUUAUAAUAAAAAAGGUUAUCAAAGGAAAAA